AUGUUUGUCUCCGUUCUGUUUGGAGAGGGAAGAAGAGAGAUUUUUAACCUUAACUGCAGGAUCGCAAACUUCAUUCAGUGUUUGAAAGAGAAGUGCAACGUUGAUCCUCAAGAAAGUGUGGACCUGAUGGAUAAGACUGGAGAACUGGUGAACCUGAGUGAGAAGGAACAGAGUGUGCAUUUGGCCAGCACUCUGCUGAAAGAAAGACAAAUCUAUAUCCUGAUACGCGUGUCCCGGAGCAAUAGUACUGACGGACACAAAUAUUAUCCACUCUUGAGUGACCUUGGAAGGAGUCAUCCUGAAUUGGCAGAGGUCCUAAGAAAAUUGUCGAACCCCAUAAAGGAGCGGGACAGGAAAGGAGCCCACCUAAAAAAAGGAGGUGUCAUUCAAAACAAGAACAAAUGCGGCGCCAACAAUAAGAAGAGCGUCGUGACAACGCCUAGGAGCUGA